ACUACUCCGCCGAUUUGGAAGAACAGGUAGCGAUCAGAACUAACGAACUAAAGACUGAAAUGAACAAAUGCGAUGCUGUUAUCAAUCAGAUCCUUCCAAGGUUUAUUGCACGGCUUCUGCGAGUUGGUGAAACUGUUUUGCCCGAAUAUUUUGACUGCGUAACCAUACUGUUCGUCGAUUUGUAUGGAUUCCCUGACUUUAUUCAGACGCAUCCACCUGAGACAACACUGCAUUUAAUUUCGGCCACUGAGGCGUGCAUCGACAAAUUGUCAACCGAAGGAAAUGUCUACAAAGUGGAGGCAGUUAAUGAUUCGUUUAUGGUAGCUAGUGGACUGCCAGAGAGAAUUGGAAACGAUCAUGUUGCGAGAAUUGCCGAAUUUUCUACAAGGCUAAUAAGAGUUCAACCGGAGUCGACAUUUAUGCCGAUGCUGCAAUUCAAGAUUGGUUUUCAUUCUGGUCCUUGCGCAGCUGGAUUGAUGGGACAGAAACGCCCGCGCUACUGCCUAUUUGGGGACACAGUUAACAUGGCUUCCAGGAUGUGCAGCCACGGAUUACCUAACCAUAUUCAUUUAAGUCCUGACAGUCAGUCACUACUGGAAAAAUUCUGCCUGUUCGUUCUUGAACCACGAGGUCUUCUGGCUAUCAAAGGGAAACAUGAAAUGACAACCUAUUGGUUGAUAUUUGCAUGA